AUGGCAGCUACGGCGUCCGCGCCGCCUGCCCUCUCCCCAGGGCAGGCGACGCUCGAUCAUGACGAUAGCAACAUCUCUAGCCCGCUCAGCGACGUUGAGGACAAGGACGGCGGUGAAUCUCUCGAUGGGAUCCAGAUCGACCAUACUCGGCCAGACCAUGACGAGGCGCUCGACUCUGACAGCAAUCUGUCCGAGGCCAAUGAUACCGAAGCGGAGACUGAGCGUCUCUACGACACCCCGCAGGCACAGCGCCACAAGGACGUUGUUGUCAAUCAGUUCAACGACGGCCAGGUCUACGAGCGGACCCCUAGCAAGCUUCAAAAGACGUUUUCGGUUGACGCCCACGACGAUGGCGACGAAGACAGUCUUUCCGAUCGCGACGACGUGUCAAUGACCUCCAGUCACGGUGACUUGGGCUCGCCCAGCAAGCCCAAGAAGUCUACUGAGCUCCCAUCCACCGAGGAUGACCCUGAGAAUACCGAGAGUAGGAAAAGGAAGCGGUCGCCGGUCGCGGAAUCUUCCGAGCCAGGCCAGCCCGCCAGGAAGCGCACCGGCUCGGUCGUGCCCCAGGAUCUGGACCAGCACAAGAAUGACGUAGAGAUGCACGACGACGAGGUCCCGUCUACAAAUUCGCAUACUGGUGAUCACUCUGCGACUGAGGACAGUGUUUUGGAACUCCCUCAUAGCAAGCGCGGCCCUGCGCGCGAUGGUCACAGCCCGAUCAAGGACUCACAAAUAACAAAAAAGGUUACCCGCAAUGGCAGUAGAAAGAAAGGCCACACUGCUGAGGCCCACGAGGACGAAGGGCACGAUGGCGACGCUCGAGAUGAAACCCGCGGCGACGACGACUCGGGGCCUCAUGGCGAUGACCAAGCUGACCACGAAGGCGACGACGAGGCGGAGGCGACAAGAAACGACGAAGAAUUCGAGAGAAAACGUGCAGCGGUAGAGGAAUGGACCGAUCUAGAGGAGAAAUUUGUCGUCUUUCGCGAGCGCUUGUACAAGGAUCGCCUCGAGCGCCUCGAGCAUGAAGAACAAUCACUGCAAGCCGAGCCGCCGACACAUCCCGAGUACCUAAAUAUGAAGCAAUGUCUAGAUGAAAGGCUCGAAAAGAAGCUUCGAAAUAUUGAAAAGGAAUACGAGCUCUCGGUUGAGGCACUGGAGAGACUGGCAGUGGCGCGCCGAGCCCAAAUUUGGAACCAGUUCUACCAGGGCUCUCGAGAACAACGCUCAAAGAUGCUUGAAGACCUCAACAAGGAGUGGUACGAGACCCAGAAUGCUAGGCGGAGCGCACACAGUAUUCCGGACUACGGCCUCCUGUUCCCGACGAACCCUGCGCAGCGCACAAGGAACGCCGUGGCGUACAACUCAGAGGUCUCGUUUUUGGCCGGUCUCGCCAAGCACGAGGGCUUCCCCGCGGUGCCGGCCAUGAGGGGCGCGAGCGGCUCAGAGAUCGAAGACGACCUGGAGCAAAUGAAGGUCAGUGAUUCGGAUGGUUUCGGCAGUCGAAAACACGUCACUGACUCUCGCCAGCGCAACACUAAGCCUCGUCAACGCUCAAUAAUGCAGCCCAUUGAGGAUUAUCAAGCAGUCGCCUACGGAUCCAACCUCGGCCCCGCCGGCGAACAAUUCAUCAAAGAUACGCCUUGGGCUAACCCGAACCACAUUGCACACAAAAUUAGCACAGGACCUGCAGCAGCCGUUGCUCGGUUGAGCAGUCCAAUGCAAGGAGGAAAAGCAGCUGCAGGCCCGUCCAGUACUCAACCGAUACCAGCCGUGACAAACGGACAUAUUGCACCGCAAACGUCGCCACAGAUGAACAGAUUUAUUUCUGCCUCUCCCGAAAUGGUAAGAACAGCCAACGUUUUGACUCAAAGCGCCCAGAUGAAGCGCGCAGGCAGCCGCACAUCAAAAGCUGCGAAGACUUCGGCUCCUAAACAAGAACCGGUGUCGGCGAUGGCAAGUUAG